CCCACCCGGCUCAGACGGCUCCGGACGGGACCUCGCGCACAGGCCGCUCCGCGGCCCGGAUCCCCGCGGGACCCCCGUGCAGCCCGCCGCCCGGUGCAGCCCCCCGCGCGCCCCCUCGGCAGCUCUCCCCUGCACGUCUCCGUCGUGAGCCCAGAGCCCAGUGGACAGUGUGCAGCCACCAUGUUCAGCUGGCUGAAGCGGGGCGGGGCACGGGGCCAGCAGCCUGAGGCCAUCCGCACGGUCACCUCGUCCCUCAAGGAGCUGUACCGCACCAAGCUGCUGCCUCUCGAGGAGCACUACCGAUUCGGCGCCUUCCACUCGCCGGCCCUGGAGGAUGCCGACUUCGACGGCAAGCCCAUGGUCCUGGUGGCAGGCCAGUACAGCACAGGCAAGACCAGCUUCAUCCAGUACCUGCUGGAGCAGGAAGUGCCAGGCUCCCGCGUGGGGCCCGAGCCCACCACCGACUGCUUCGUGGCCGUCAUGCAUGGGGACACCGAGGGCACCGUGCCAGGCAACGCCCUGGUCGUUGACCCGGACAAGCCUUUCCGCAAGCUCAACCCUUUCGGGAACACCUUCCUCAACAGGUUCAUGUGUGCCCAGCUCCCCAAUCAGGUCCUGGAGAGCAUUAGCAUCAUCGACACGCCGGGCAUCCUGUCGGGCGCCAAACAGAGAGUGAGCCGGGGCUACGACUUCCCGGCGGUGCUGCGCUGGUUUGCGGAGCGCGUGGACCUCAUCAUCCUGCUCUUUGACGCGCACAAGCUGGAGAUCUCCGACGAGUUCUCGGAGGCCAUCGGCGCCCUGCGGGGCCACGAGGACAAGAUCCGCGUGGUGCUCAACAAGGCGGACAUGGUGGAGACCCAGCAGCUGAUGCGUGUCUACGGGGCGCUCAUGUGGGCACUGGGCAAGGUGGUGGGCACACCCGAGGUGCUGCGCGUCUACAUCGGCUCCUUCUGGUCCCAACCCCUCCUGGUGCCGGACAACCGACGCCUCUUUGAGCUGGAGGAACAGGACCUCUUCCGCGACAUCCAGGGCCUGCCACGCCACGCGGCCCUGCGCAAGCUCAACGACCUGGUGAAGAGGGCACGGCUGGUGCGGGUUCACGCCUACAUCAUCAGCUACCUGAAGAAGGAGAUGCCGUCUGUGUUUGGGAAGGAGAACAAGAAGAAGCAGCUGAUCCUCAAGUUGCCCGUCAUCUUCGCCAAGAUUCAGCUGGAGCAUCACAUAUCUCCUGGUGACUUUCCCGAUUGCCAGAAGAUGCAGGAGCUGCUGAUGGCUCACGACUUCACCAAAUUCCACUCGCUGAAGCCAAAGCUGCUGGAGGCGCUGGACGAGAUGCUGACGCACGACAUCGCCAAGCUCAUGCCUCUGCUGCGCCAGGAGGAGCUGGAGAGCACGGAGGUGGGCGUGCAGGGUGGCGCUUUCGAGGGCACCCACAUGGGCCCCUUCGUGGAGCGGGGGCCUGACGAGGCCCUGGAGGACGGCGAGGAGGGCUCGGACGACGAGGCCGAGUGGGUGGUGACCAAGGACAAGUCCAAAUACGACGAGAUCUUCUACAACCUGGCGCCGGCUGACGGCAAGCUGAGCGGCACCAAAGCCAAGACCUGGAUGGUGGGCACCAAGCUUCCCAACUCGGUGCUGGGGCGCAUCUGGAAGCUGAGUGACGUCGACCGGGAUGGCAUGCUGGAUGACGAGGAGUUCGCCCUGGCCAGCCACCUCAUCGAGGCCAAGCUCGAGGGCCACGGGCUGCCCACCAACCUGCCCCGCCGCCUGGUGCCGCCCUCCAAGCGGCGCCACAAGGGCUCUGCAGAGUGAGCCGGCUGCUGCCUGCCGGCCCCCCCUCCCACUUGCCUUGCUGUGGCUCCCCCAGCUCCAGCUGGCUGCACGCACACCCUCACCCCAGCCUGCACGCACCCUGCCUGUCCGCCUUCUCAGCUGUAAGGAUGGAGGCCUCUCCACCUGCCUCCACCAGUGGGGACCAGGGGAGGGGCAAGGCUUCUCUGCUGGCCUUUGCACCUCUACCCUCACGUACACUUAGGCACACGAUGUUGACAUUCAUACACACACACACACACACACAGAGGCAUCAAUCCAAUCGUGUAUUUAUUGAGCACCUACUAUGUUUGGAUGUGCAGGGCUUGUUCUGGGCACUGGGGAUCACAGCCGAGAGCAAAACAGACCCGUGUAUCUACCCUCAGGGGGCUGACAUUCUCAGGAGAGAGCACCUACACUCACAGUCACACACCUGGCCCUAACCAAUCUGAUCCCCCCAGUUCUGGGCGGGACCCCGGGCCUCUCCCCCUUGUUCAGUGGCCACUUGGCUGAAAUAACAAACACACUUCUUGCCCGUCCAGGCAGGGACCACCUGCCCCUCCACGCCAUCAUGUCCUCAGGCCUUGGGACCACUGGGGGCUCCCAGGGGAGCUGCAACCUCCUACUUGCUCACAUGGACCCCAUGCAGCCCCUCUCCCUAGUUCUGGUCCCAUCUCUUUUCUAUAAUAAGGAAUCGCAGCAGACAGAAAAGCCCCCUCCCUCCUUGCCUCUCCCAGACUGGGCUCACUUUGCGGUAUUUCUGUCCUCGGCCCACCUGCCUGCCCCCUUCCCCCCCAAGCUACCCACAGCUGGUGGCCUGAAUUCUAGACUGAUGGGGCACAGGCUCUCUGCCAUCAGCACUUACGGUCAGCCCCUACAAAGGCCUCAGGGCUUUAUUUUAGUCCCCUUUUCAGGGAUGUGCAAGUGGGGGUGGGGAGGGGGGGAUCUUGGUGCUACAGCCCUGCCCUCUCCUCCUGCCCUCCCACCUUUCUGUGGCUUCACCACAUCCUAGUGUUUGACCCCAUGGAAGACCCCACGGAAAAGAUGGGGAAGGGUGACCUAGGCGGGACGACGCCUCCUCCAGGGUGCCUGCCGGGAUGCCCACACCCACCAUCACCACCACCCCCACCUCCCCAUGCCCGGGAGGGGCCUGUGAACCGAACAGCGAACAUAGUUCCCACAGAGCAAAUAAAGCCAAGGCUUCUUUCCA